GCAGCCGCACGUAUCAAGGCUGAUUUAUGGUUCCGCGUCGUUGCGCGACGCCGCGUACCCUACGCCGUACCCUACGCCGUAGGCUCUGCGUCGAUUUAACGCGGGACCAUAAUUCAGGGUUCAGCAGGGAGACCAGGAGCCGCCGUGCCACUCGAGUUGCGUGUGCGGGGCAGAAAUGGCAACCUGGGGGGCUUUCUGCGUUGGUCUGCUCAACUACAAGACGGGGAAAAUUGUCAUCGCCGAAAACAGGAGAAUUGGAAUUUUAUUCCGGAUCUAUCAGCUGGCCGUGCUGGGAUACAUAAUUGGGUGGGUGUUUGUUGUAAAGAAAGGCUACCAAGAGCGAGAGGAGGCCAUCCAGACGUCUGUCAUCACCAAACUCAAAGGUGUCACUCUGACCAACACCUCGGAGACCGGGCCUUACCUGUGGAGUGCUGAGGAUUACGCCAUACCCCCAAAUGGCGAGCAGGUGUUUUUCAUAGUGACAAAUUACAUAGAGACCCCCAAUCAGAGGCUGGGUUUCUGCGCGGAGAGUUUCAAAGUGCCGAAUGGACGAUGUCAAAGCGACGAUGACUGCCUUGAAGGAGAUACAGUAAUAGCUGGUCACGGAAUAAAGACGGGCUUGUGCCUGAACAGCACCGGGACCUGUGAGAUUAACGCCUGGUGUCCAGUUGAGAACAAGAGCAGACCCCCUGAACCCUUGCUGAGUGAAGCAGAAAACUUCACCAUCUAUAUCAAGAACUUCAUCAGGUUCCCAAAGUUUGAAUUCUCCAAGUCCAACGUCCUUGAAACCUCAGAUGAGCACUACCUGAAGAAGUGCUCCUUUGACAGAGAGAAUCACCCUUACUGCCCCAUCUUCCGCCUCAGGGAUCUGGUCAGCAACACUGGACAUGAGUUCCAGGACAUGGCUUCUAGGGGCGGCUCGGUUGGUAUUCUCAUUGAGUGGAACUGUGACCUGGAUAAGGACUACUCCAAGUGUAACCCACAGUACAGCUUCACACGCUUGGACUUGAACACCAACAACUCAGUAACAUCAGGAUACAACUUCAGAUAUGCCAGGUACUACCAGGAUCAAAACGGAGAGACCUAUCGCACUCUGUAUAAAGUGUACGGGAUCCGCUUUGAUAUAAUGAUCAAUGGCAAGGCAGGGAAAUUCAAUAUUGUUCCCACAAUAAUUGCUAUCGGCUCAGGCCUGGCUCUGAUGGGUUUGGGAGCCUUUGUGUGUGAUAUGAUACUACUAUACAUGAUGAACACAAGCUCCUUCUACCGAGAUAAGAAGUUUGAAAUCAUAAACUUCAAGAAAGAGCGGACCAAAUCCAAGAAUGGAAAAGAAGGACACCGGGAAAGGAGAUCCAGGAAACCGGCUACAGAGAUAGAUGUUGUGAACUCCAUCAAGAAUCCAGAGGAAGCUGAACUCACAGUGGAGAGUCAGGCGCCUGUGGACAAGAGAGGUCCCACCGUCCCACGAAACACAGGCCAGAGAUACCCUACUGUUUCGUCUCAUAAAGGUGCAGAGCCGAAGCAUCAUAUCACAUUCGCUUCACAGAACUAAGGUUAUAGGCAGACACGGUCAAACAUCCUGCAGAUGUUUGUGUUGCACUGCAGGACGUGGGUCCCAAAGUCAGACUGUUGUCCUCUUCUCACCUGUCAGCACACUCCACAACAUGAGUGAUGCUUGCACUGACUGAAGGCAUGCUGGUCCAGAGAACUGUCAGCGCUGUGCACCGCGCAUAAGGCACCAGGACACGCAUGAGAGCAGAAAGGUGAAAACAUUAGGUCCAUUUAUAGUCAUUUACGAUGAAACUUGAAAAUCCAAAUAAACUACAGAUGAUGCCGUUUCACAAACUGAGGAAUUAAAUGUUUAUAUGAAUAUUUUAUCACUCUAUAAGCACCAUUUCUAAUUUCAUUAAUACAAGGUUUUAUUUUUGCCCUUUAGUGAUAGCAAAAACUUCUAAAAUUUCUGUAGAAUAUACUUCAAUACGAUAAACACUUGAUAAAUCUCUUUGAACAAUAUGUAGGAAAAUACCUGAAUGUUUUCAGUUGUGGUUUUAUAGAUGAACACACAACGUUGUGUAAAGAGCAUUCAUGUGUACUGUGUAACACCGCUGCUAUUUUUUCUGCAAUAUGUUCAGUUAUGGUCGUGCCGAUUCCUGACUUUGACGUCAGCUUUGCAGUUGCCAUGAUACACAAUGCCGUGACAGGAUACACAACAUACAACCUGUGAAACUGAGGAAAGCAGCCCAUCAUUUGAGCGUACUGUGAAGGGACUUGUCCAUUGUGAUGAUGUUCUGGUUGAGUUCAGGGAUUCCCUGUCCUUUCUGCCGUUGCUGUCUCUAUUUAUUAAAUGUACUUUAUUGUUAGAAAUAAA